AUGGGAUCAAAUGGUGGCUCAAAUAUUACUCCAUUAAGAAAGACCUUGCCAUUGAGAGUUCUUAAACCUGAUGUGAACAACAUUAAGAAUCUUGCUCGGAAGUUGAAGCAAGUACAACGUGUAAUCUUUAUGGGGAAAUUCGGUAAGAUUCUUGAUUUACUUGAAGUUAAUGUACAAGUGGAUGCCCUUACGGCGUUGGCCCAAUUCUAUGAUCCUCCUUUUAGGUGUUUCACUUUUAAGGACUUUCAGUUGGCUCCAACGUUGGAAGAGUUCGAACGAAUAAUGGGAUAUCCGAUGAAGGGGAGUAAACCUUACCAAUACAUGGAACACUAUCCCUCACUGAAAACAAUUGCUGAAACGUUUGAUAUCCCUAUAAAGGAAAUAGAAGACAAUAGAACCAACAAAGAUAAUUUGAUUGGAUUUCCAAUAAAAUAUCUUGAGGAGAAAGCAGUAAACUUAGCAAGAGAUGGAAAAUGGGACACCUUCAUGGAUGUGCUGGCCUUAAUUAUAUAUGGAAUUGUUUUAUUUCCAACUAUUAAGGAUUUUGUGGAUUUCAUGGCGAUAGACGUCUUUUUGGCUUACAAGCAUAGAGGGGAGAAUCCAGUACCGGCAGUUUUGGCUGACGUUUAUUGCACGCUCGACUUCCGUCAUGAGAAAGAGGGGGGCCUAAUCCAUUGUUGCUCGCCAAUACUCUAUUUUUGGUUUGUCAAACAUAUUUUUCAAGACAUGCGUCAAUUAAAAACUAAGAGCAAAAAGGAAUGGGCCAACGUUCUAGCAAAUCUCAACGAAAGAACGAUUCAAUGUUACUCCCAGAGUCAAGAUAUAAAUGAAGUGAUUUGUAGAUGCGGUGUUUUUGUAGAUGUUCCCCUCAUGGGAACCAAAUGGUGUAUAAAUUAUAGUCCCUAUGUUUCAUUGAGACAAUUGGGUUAUCCUAUGACAAAACCCCCAAUAAUGGAUGUUACAAAAUCUUUUGUUAUUCAUGGACGAGAUGGUUAUGAUGCUAGCUUGUUGAGAAGAAUACGUAAGUCUUGGGAAGAUGUUGUUAGAAGAGGACAAGAAUUAGGGCCUAGAAGUUGUGGUAUAGGAGAGGAAUAUCAUAAUUGGGUGAAAAGGAGGGCAUUAGAGGUCAAGUUGCCUUUUCACAGCACCAUCAUUACUCCCGAGGUAGUAACAACAAAAUCUUUUUUUAGUACUGAAGAUUUAGAAGUCGACUUAGCUCUCAAAGGACAAGAAAUUGAAAAAUUACAUAAAGAAUUGGAGAUGGCUCACCAAGCUUAUAGAGAUAUGGAGUAUAAGAAUACCCAACAAUCCCUUAUCCUUGAGAAAGUACAAAAAAGAGCAAGAGAGGAAGAAGAAAGCAAGGAGAGAACUCGAAUCUGUUUGCGGGGUGCGAAUGAAGAGUUAAGACUCAGACGUCAAGAAAGGGAUGAUGCAGUGAUUGAAGAUCUCGUCAUCAUAGGUGAAAGAGUAGAAAUGGGAUUGAAAAGCGGAAAGAUUGCUUCCGGCUAUACCGGAUUAAAUAACACAAAAAAGUUGCCCGCAGAGGAAAAGAAAGUUGAAAAGGAGAAAGUAGAAAAUGAGGUUUCUAAUGAAAAAGCUCAGGAAUUUCUCCAAAUCAUCAAACAGAGUGAAUACAAAAUAGUUGACCAACUCAACCAUACUCCUACAAGGAUUUCAUUGUUAUCCCUAUUGAUGAAUUCUGAGUCCCACCGAAAGCUAUUGAUGAAAAUACUAAAUGAGGCUCAUGUCACUCACGACAUCACUGUUGACAAAUUUGGAGGCAUCAUAAAUAACAUCACAGCCAACAAUCACCUACCUUUCACAGAUGAUGAGUUGUCGACCGAAGGGAGAGAGCAUAAUAAAGCACUACACAUAUCAGUAAUGUGCCUCGACCAUAUAAUGUCAAGAGUCCUCAUUGACAAUGGCUCCUCGCUGAAUGUCAUAUCAAAAUCAACAUUAGCAAAACUACCUUGUGAUGGUACAUAUAUUAGACCAAGUCCCAUGGUUGUUAGAGCUUUCGACGGGAGUCGCAGAGAAGUAAUGGGGGAAAUCGAUCUCCCAGUUCAAAUAGGCCCGGUCAUAUUUGAAAUCACGUUUCACGUGAUGGAUAUUGUACCCGCUUAUAGUUGCUUAUUGGGUAGGCCAUGGAUCCAUUCUGCCAGCGUAGUGCCGUCAACCUUACACCAAAAGCUGAAGUAUAUGGUAAAUGACCAAUUGGUAAUCGUGUCGGGAGAAGGAGACUUGUUGGUGAGUAAUUUGUCCACCACGCCUUAUAUUGAGACGACAGAAGACGCUCUAGAAACUGCAUUCCAAACAAUAGAAAUCGUGGACACCGCUUAUGUAGAGACGACACCUAUAGAACCACAUAUGUCAAACACUGCUAUUAUGGUGGCUAAGUUCGUGUUGAGCAGAGGACACCAUCCAUGGCACGGGUUGGGGAAGGAUGAAGAAGGGCUUAGAGAACCGGUGGAACUUCCUGAAAAUAGAGAUAAGUGGGGUUUAGGUUACAAACCCACCAGGGAUGACAAACGAAGAUUAGUCAAAGAGAAAAAAGAAAAAAGACUAGCUCGAAUUGAAAAUCGAGAGCCAAGAAUCGAAAGGAUUCCCAUCUGUGACAUCCGACGGAGUUUCCAAAGUGCAAGACCAACAAGUGAAAUCCAUAUUGCGGCAGCUGAAGAUGACAUGUUUGAUGGGGAUGCUAAUUGGAUUCGCCCGUGUGGUGUAGGGGCAGAAAUCAGGAAUUGGAAAGUAGUCAAGUCACCUAUGAUAUUUAAUGCAAUUCCAAUAUUUGGGAAUAGUUCAUUCACAGACGACUGUACUAAGAUCUCGUUGCAUAAUCUUAACCAUCUUGUUAGUCAAACAGAAAAAGAUAAUGAAGAAGAUUACGAACCCCCUCUAGAUUUGUUAAGAGCGGUAGAACGUGAAACCCAGGGUAUCAUGCCCUUUGAGGAACCGAUAGAAAUUGUUAAUCUAGGGACUGAAGAAGGAAGGAAAGAAAUUAAGGUUGGCACCAUCUUAAAGAAAGAAGUAUAUCACAAACUAAUCCGACUCUUACAUGAAUACAAAGAUGUUUUUGCCUGGUCAUAUCAGGAUAUGCCUGGAUUGGAUACUAGCAUAGUGGAGCAUAAAUUGCCCUUAAAACCCGAUUAUUCUCCGGUGAAACAAAAAUUAAGGCGAAUGAAGCCUGAUAUGUCAUUAAAAAUUAGGGAAGAAAUACAAAAACAAUUUGACGCAGGAUUCCUCGCUGUGGCAAAUUAUCCCCAAUGGAUAGCCAAUAUUGUACCAGUGCCAAAAAAGGAUGGCAAAGUACGAAUGUGUGUCGAUUAUAGGGACCUUAAUAAAGCUAGUCCCAAAGAUGAUUUCCCGUUACCUCACAUCGAUAUUUUGGUUGAUAAUACAGCUCACCAUUCACUCUUCUCUUUUAUGGAUGGUUUCUCUGGGUAUAAUCAAAUUAAGCUGAAGAUAUGGAAAAAAACGACUUUCAUCACUCCUUGGGGAACAUUUUGUUACAAAGUAAUGCCUUUUGGUCUGAAGAACGCUGGAGCGACCUACCAAAGAGCUAUGGUAACCCUAUUCCAUGACAUGAUACAUAAAGAGGUCGAAGUUUAUGUAGACGACAUGAUCGCUAAGUCACAAACAGAAGAAGAACAUAUUAUUGAUCUAAAGAAACUCUUCAAAAGACUUAGAAAGUUUAAGCUAAAGCUCAACCCCUCCAAUGGCACUUUUGGGGUGAGAUCGGGCAAAAUAUUGGGAUUUUUGGUUAGUCAGAGAGGAAUAGAGGUUGAUCCCGAUAAGAUUCGAGCCAUUGCAGAAAUGCCUCCCCCGAGUACAGAAAAAGAAGUUCGCGGUUUUCUUGGGAGACUAAAUUAUAUUUCAAGAUUUAUAUCACAACUAACUGCUACUUGUGAACCGAUAUUUAAACUUUUACGGAAAAUUCAAACAGUUGUGUGGAACCAAGAAUGUCAAAAGGCAUUUGAAAAAAUCCGACAGUAUUUGCAAAAUCCUCCAAUUCUAGCCCCACCAGUUCUGGGCCGACCCUUGAUUAUGUAUCUUACAGUCCUCGACGGGGCCAUGGGAUGCGUACUGGGCCAACAUGAUGAAACAGGAAAAAAGGAGCAUGCCAUUUAUUAUCUAAGUAAAAAAUUUACAGAUGUUGAAACAAGAUAUACAAUGUUAGAACGUACUUGUUGUGCCUUAGCCUGGGCGGCUCAUCGCUUGAGGCAAUACAUGCUUUGCCAUACAACUUAUUUGAUAUCCAAAAUGGAUCCAAUCAAGUACAUUUUUGAAAAGCCCGCUCUCACAGGGCGAAUUGCUCGAUGGCAGGUGAUGUUAUCAGAAUAUGAUAUUACAUAUGUUACUCAGAAAGCCAUCAAAGGGAGUGCCUUAGCAGAUUAUCUAGCUAAUCAACCUGUUGAUGAUUAUAAAUCAAUGCAAUGUGAAUUCCCAGACGAAAGUAUCAUGGUUUUGUCUGAAGAAUAUGAUGGUGGAAAAUGGUCCUUGUUGUUCGACGGGGCCUCAAACAUAAUGGGGCAUGGGAUUGGGGUUGUUUCAAUAUCUCCAAAAAAAACGUUCAUACCUAUCACAGCGCGAUUGUGUUUUGAUUGUACCAAUAAUAUGGCAGAAUAUGAAGCUUGCGCCAUGGGAGUUUUGGCGGCUUUGGAAUCAAAAGCAAAAGGUCUAGGAGUAUAUGGAGAUUCAGCCCUAGUCAUUAAUCAGCUUAACCAAGAAUGGGAAACUCGAGAUAAGAAGUUAAUACCUUAUUUUACCUACAUAAAAGAAUUGUCUUUAGAAUUUGACAAAAUCACGUUUCACCAUGUCCCUCGAGAAGACAAUCAAUUGGCUGAUGCUUUGGCUACUUUAUCAUCUAUGUUCCAAAUAAAUCGAAACGAUGAAAUCCCAUCAAUUAAAAUGGAGAGUCGAGAUUAUCCAGCCUACUGCCAUGUCAUGGAAGAAGAAACUGACGGAAAACCGUGGUAUCACGACAUCAAAAAUUAUCUUAUAAAUAGAGAAUAUCCUCCCGGAAUAUCGGAGAAUGAGAAAAGAACUUUGAGACGGUUAUCCGCGAGCUUUUUUGUGAACGAAAAUAUUUUGUAUAAGAGGAAUCACGAUAUGGUACUCCUCAGAUGUGUUGAUGUUAAUGAGGCGAAGGAAAUUCUACAAGAUAUCCACGAUGGCUCUUAUGGGAUCCAUAUGAAUGGACACGCCAUGUCUAGAUCUAGAAAGAUUCUUCAGGUCGGAUAUUAUUGGCUCACCCUAGAAAAAGAUUGUUAUAAUUAUGUAAAGAAAUGUUAUAAGUGUCAAAUAUAUGCUGAUAAUAUCCACGCCCCACCAGUGCCCCUGAACACCCUUUCAGCGCCCUGGUCGUUCUCAAUGUGGGGCAUAGAUGUCAUCAGAAUGAUCGAACCGAAAGCAUCAAAUGGACAUCGUUUCAUCUUGGUGGCAAUUGAUUACUUUACCAAAUGGGUAGAGACAGCUUCAUACGCCAAUGUAACAAAAAAUGUGGUAGUCAAAUUUAUAAAAAGGGAAUUAAUAUGUCGUUAUGGUCUACCAAGCAAGAUCAUUACUGACAAUGCCACAAAUCUAAAUAACAAAAUGAUGGAUGAAUUGUGUGCCACCUUUAAAAUUCAACACCACAAUUUGUCCCCGUACAUACCAAAAAUGAAUGGUGCAGUUGAAGCAGCAAAUAAAAACAUAAAAAAAAUUAUUCAGAAAAUGGUUAUAACAUACAAAGAUUGA